AUGGGCGGCCCCAUCCGGCACAUCCCCCCGAAAUGGGCCCUCCGCGGCGACAUCUACACCUUUUCCUUCUGGACGCCCGCCUCCGCCGCCAGGAACCUGCCGGAGCACGCCUACUCGCCGCUCGAGGGCAAGACGUCCUUUGCCGACGAGGCCUACAGCCGGCCCGUGGGCGGGCUGAGCAUGAUCCAGAUCCUGAGCUACCGGGACUCGCCCGUCGGGCCGUACGACGAGAUGCUGGUGGCGCCGGGCAGCUUCGACUGGGAGCGGACGGAGGAGGACGGGACCAAGACGAGGGGGAGCAACCCCAAGAUUACGAGGAUCUAUGUUUCGACGCCGAAUAGCUGCUUCAACGGGCGGACGAACUGGAACACGCCCAAGCACCUCGCCAAAUUCGUCUGGGACCACCACCCAGACGGCUCAACCACCAUCCAGAUCUUCCCCCACGACGCCCCCUCCCACGACGGCGACGAAUCCCGCCCCUCAUCCACCCCUUUCUUCACCACCACCUUCAAGCCCAUGCCGCUCGCCCCGCGCUUCCCCUUUGCCACGAGCUGGGUCGACCACCUCGGCUUCAACACGACCCUCGUCAUGCCCCCUUUGCCCCCGGGUAAGGGAACGUACGGCGAGCUGCCGAGCACCUCGCGCUGGAUCAGCCUCGUGACGAAGCAGUUUUGCAAGAGGAGCACUAUGGGAUGGUACGAUGUGCGGCAGCCGGAUGACGGUAGCGGUGACGGGAGGGCGCUGUGCGGUGGGAAUGAGAAUUUCUUGCCGUGGUUGGGGAGGUGGCAGGUUGGGCUGAAGAUGGAGGAUGCGGAUCUGACGUUU